AGGCGCUGCCCGCAGAGCGAGUGAGCUGCCCCUCGACAGACGUUCGAGACGGCAAUCAGCACAAAUAAUACGCGACCGAAAGGCCAAGUGCCCGCCCCGAGUUUGCUGGCGCCCGCAGCACCAGGGGAUUCAUCAUGGAGGAGGCUGCCACUGAGCUGCCGCCGGAGCCGACGGCCGAGCCCGCGGCCGAGCCCACGGAGGCCGCGGCCCCGCCGACCCCCGAGGCCGCCGCCACUCCGGAGGAGGAGGCCGGCGGCCCGGCGCCGGCGCCCGGCUCCCAACAACCGCCCGCGCCGACGCACGCCGACGCCGCCGUGGCCGUGGCCCCCCACGCGCUGGGCUGCGUCUUUUUUGGCCUGUUGCUGCACCGCCUGAAUGAAAAAGAAUUGGCGUGGCCGGUCGUCUUCGCGCCGCUCUUCGCCGCCGACGCGAUCACGUUUGGACGAAGGCUGCUCGACGCGCGCCAGGCGUCGGUCACGCUCGCCUCUUCGGAUGCGACGGGCGCCGCCCUCGCGGCCAAGACGCUCGACAAACUAAGACCGACGUGCGCGGCCGUCGACGCGGUCGGCGCCUGUGCCGCGAAGGCGUUGAUCGUCCUCCUUCUAUGCGAGGAGGUGGACUGGACCGUGGCUACAAUUCUAAUACCAUUCUGGGCCGCGACGGUCGUCUCCGCGCUAUUAAGGGGGCGGUGCUUCGUGCUGCGAAGGGACGUCGACCGCGCGGCACGCCAGGCCGAGCUCGGGCGCCGCGCGCGGCGGCACGGGCAUAAUUUACAUGGUCCGGUGGGCAUGCCGCCGGCGGCCGACGCACAGGCGCACGUGCCCACGCUAGACGAGGUCCUGGACGGGCCCUGCGAGGCGUGGGCGCGCGCGUGCGCGUUCACGCAGGGCGCGUUCCUCCACGGCGUCGGCCGCGCGCUGCAGCCGGCGCUCGUGGCCGCGAAGCUCGACGGGGCGCUCGAGGCGCGCUGGGGCUUGAUCUUCGCGCCGGCGUGGGCGUUGCUGGCCGCGCUCGCCGGCGUCGCGGCGACGCUCUGCAACUGCGCGCCCGUCUUGUCGGCGGGCAUGCCGCCGCGCGUGAGGAGAAGGGCCGUGCGGCUCGUGAGUCUUUGUGCCACCCAGUUAUUAGUCUUGAGCGGAUGCACGUUCCUCUGUCUGCUCAGGCUCUCCAAGAGGUUAGACGCGGACGAGGCCGCGGCCCGGCGCUUCCAUGAUAGGUGGGACCGGCGGGACUGCGACGCGUUGAUCUCUUCAUCAAACGUGACAACUUAUGAAAGUCUGUGCGCCCCGCUGUCGAAGGACGGGCCGCGUUCACCGACGCCGCUGGACAUCCUCGGGCCCCUCAUCCUCAUGUACGCGCUUUUAUUUAUUCUGCACCCGAUCGUGCUGCGGGACAGCCGGCGCUUCCAGCGCGUCGUCCAGAUCGUCGUGGUCGACGCGGACGACCUCGAGGCGCAACGGCGCGCGCGCGGCGCGGGCUUCGACGUGUUUUUGGGCGCGCCGGCGUCGCUCGUCGGCGUCCAGGACAACUCCGUGAUCAUCGAAGCUUUGGAGAACCCGACGCGGCUCCUCAAGACGUCUUCCACAUUAUACGAGCGCAUGGAGGCCGACUCCCCGAAGCAGACCCAGAUCGCGCACUGCGCGCCGGCGCCGGCGGCUUGGGACGACGACGACUGUAGUAUGGGCUCGUCCCGGUUCGGCGACGACGACUUGGAAAUCGCGGAGGCGCCCGCGCCGUCGCCGAGCCACCUCUGCUACGUCUGCUGCGUCUCCCGAAAAAACGCGGUCAUCAUGGAGUGCGGCCACGGCGGCAUCUGCUUCGAGUGCGGGAAGUCGCUCGCCUCCAGACAUCCGCGGAACUGCCCGAUCUGCCGGGCGCCCAUCUCCGCCGUUUUAAGGGUCGAGCGGCGGGAACCGGGGUCGCCCCACGUUUUUAGUCCCGAGGGCGUCGUCGUGCAGCCCCGGCGGAGUUAAUGACAUAUGUGU